AGCCUGAUCGUACACAUCUCAUUCAUUGCAUCACAUCACCAGCUCAAAGCUUCGAACAAUGGCAUCCGAGCCUGCGGACUCAGAGAAAGGCGGCGUGCGCGAGGAGCCGAACAUCCACGUCGAACUCACACAUGCCCACCUCUCUGCCCAAACCAUCAUUGAUCGUGUCAAAAGCCCGAAAGCAGGCGCCGUAGUCCUCUUCGCCGGCACAACCCGCGACACCUUUGCCUCCAAACCUGUCUCCCAACUCGUCUACCAAUCAUACGUACCUCUCGCACUCACCACGCUUCUUAGCAUUGCGCGCGAAGUCAAGUCUAAACAUGACCUAACCGCAGUUUCGAUUGUGCACCGGCUUGGUGAGGUACCGAUUGGCGAGGAAAGUAUUCUGAUUGCGGUGAGCGCGCCGCAUCGGCAGGCGGCGUGGCGCGGUGGCGAGGAGGCGCUAGAGGAAACGAAGAAGCGGGCAGAGGUGUGGAAGUUGGAGGAGUUUGUAGGGGAAAAAGGUGUAUGGAGGGCGAAUAGGGACGGGGCGGUGGGGGAGAAAGUAGAUGAGACCGGGGAAGGGAACAGACAAAGUAGUUGAGAACAAUGUUUACGUCAAAUUCGCGUGAUUUU